ACUCAAUUUACAAAGGAGAAACAUAAAGAGAAAAAAAAAAAAUUAUACAUCUGGUGCAAGCACUGCCAUGCAGUACAAAUCGGCAUGGCAGUUUUACACAUCGUUACAAUUUUUAAGUGAUGUCCGUGUCCUUAAGGAAUACUGUGACUUCUUUGGAUUUUAAUGAUACUAGUACACAAGAAAGAAGUGCAGAAGUUACCAGUCAUUCUGAGGAGAUGUUUGACAUGAACGAUUUUGAAGACACUGAAGAGACACAGAGAGAACUAUGUCAUACACAAACACUACCACAGCUAAAAAGACACACAUCAAACACUACAACUUCAAACAAAAAACAGAAACACGAUCACAUUUACACAGCAGCCACAACAACACUGGAAGAAAUUUCUACAAUAUUAAAAUCAAAAAACACUACUCCAAAUACAUUUACACAGUUCGGUUCCUUUGUUGGUUCCGAACUAAGUCUAAUCCGUGACCCUCAACUCCUCACAGACACAAAAUAUAAAAUAUACCAAAUUCUCACAGAUGCACAGACAGAACAAAAUGUAUUAGAUUCCAUGAACAACACAGAAUAAAUAAGAAACUUAGAUAUAUUUAUUACUUACCACAUUAUUUUGUAACAUAAAAUAAAAAUACUUAUAAAUAA